UUGUGGGUUCAAAUCCCACCAGAGUCAAUUUAGCUGCUUUCUGAUUUCCAGGGCAGCUUUUACAGAACAGCCUGGACCUGCCCCUGUUGCAUGAUGGGAGUGACAGGGAGCUUGUGAUCCUGUGAUUCCAGGACCUCCAUGUGAGACUCCCUUGGGGAGGGUCACAGCACACAGGAGAAAGCCCCUAGGUACCACAUGCUGGCCACCGAGACCUGCUCCAUGGUUGUGUCAGUGCUUUGGGUCGUCCAUGCCACCAAUGACGUGCUGCUCCAGAGGGUCAUCCGCCCCCGUGACCUGGAUGCCACCAUUGCUGGCUUCACCAGCCUUGGGUUCCCAAACUGCGGGGGAGCCAUAGACAGGACUCACAUCCCCAACCGGGUGCCAAAGCACCAAGCAGCCCAGUUCAUAAACCGGAAGGCCUACUGCUCGGUGGUGCUCCAGGUGCUCGUGGACCACCAGAGCCAGUUCCAAGACAUAUACGUGGGGUGGUCUGGCAAGCAGGGGUGGUCCUAGACUAGCUGCCAGCAACUGGUGCCCUAGGCGAACCAUGUAAUCGGCGCCCCCACCUCCAAACCCCACAAUGAUAUUGCGCCACCAUUUGGCACCCCAUUUAACUUGGUGUCCUAGGCGACCUCCUACUUUGUCUAUAUGGAUGGGCCAGGCCCACGGCGCUCGCAUCUUCAGGCACUCAGGCCUGAACCACAGGCUGGAGGCGGGCACCUACUUCCCCCAGCAGAAAUUCACCAUUGGGGACGUCAGGAUGCCGGUCUGCAUCUUGGGGGAUGCAGCCUAGCUGAUGCGGCCAUACUGGACCACAGCCAGGCCACCUUCAACUCCCACCUGGACCGGGCCUGCAACCCCGUGGAGUGUG